GGAAUUCUGAUUCGACAAAAGAAAACUUUUAUACUAUGAAUUAUUGUUUUAUCCAAGAUAAACUUGGGAGGGAGAAAGAGAGGUCUUUGUUCUAACCUCAUCAACAAGAUGGGUGUUUCUGAGUUCACUUAUCUGAGAAUCUGGCUGAACAAAAGCGACAAUACCCCAUGUUUGAUCUCAUGGGCUUUCGAAGCCAGAUCAGGAAAAGGGGAAGCGAGUGACAUGGGAAAGAGAGAGAGAGAGAGAGAACUAAGGUGGGGGUCGGUUACCUAUGGCUUUACGCCUUUACCUCACGAUGAAGACCAAAUCCAAACGCCAGCCUCUCAAAGCAGGAGUUGGAAUGGAACAGCCCACACCUCAACACCACCCGGUUCUCUCUCUUCAUCAGAACAGAGGGAAGCCUAUCCUAAAAAUCCCCAACAUGUCCCCUAUUGCCAGAAACUUUCACUUCGCUUUCUCUCUCUACGAAACAAAACCCCAUCUUCCCUCUUCUCUUGGCCUGAACCUUUUCUUUCUCUCUCGCUCUCGCAGUUUUAGGGCUCCAAGGACUCGAGGUAUCACGUAGUGGACGUUUUAGAGUGUCAAGCAUGCUGAGCUCAUGUCAUUUUGACAGGCUGUCUUAGCACAAGGGACAUAGAGCAAGCAUUUUAGCAUUUCAAGGCCUUGGUGGCCCUGAUGGAGGGAAUUGGUGGGUUGGCAUUUGAUGGUACGAAUUUUGUUCGAAAGAAGCGUAGCAGCUUCUCAUCCAGGAGGCCUAGGACAGAGUCACAGUUUAUAGACUGCCGUGAACUUCCUUCACUUUCAUCUGCAUUUGCUUCUGAUGGAGGAGAACCUUUUAGAGAUGCAAACAAGGACAAUUGGGAGGGUGAUCAAAGCUAUAAACAAAGAGAACUGAAAUCUAGGAAUGGUGCCGAAGAUGAAUAUAGAGCAUGGGUUUCUAGUUCCGAGGAUUCAAAGAAAAGCAGACAAAAUGGUGAUGCAGUUGAAGAAUUUGAUGACAUUCACAUGGCGAUUCCAGAUAAAUCUUACAGCAGCAAUGGUGAUGCACAAAUUUAUUCUGAAUUUAAACGAAGCAGCGAGGGAGUUCUUGCACCAGCUAACUGGAAAAGUUUGAACAGUCACCGACAAGGUCAUCCGGACACCAGACCUAAGCGACUAAAGGUUGGGUCUGGAGACUCAUCGAGGACUCUUAGCAUCACAAGGAAUGCAAGCAGCAGAAACAAUGGGCGGUUUGUUCUCACUUCAAAUAGCACGAGUGAUAGUCCUAUUGCCGACAAUGGUGGCAACCACUCUUCUCAGGAGAAUAAGCUUACAAAGGUAAAGCUCAAGGUUGGAGGAAUUACCCACACAAUUCACACGAAACCUUUGUCCAACUCUGGUGGUGAUCAGCAUGGGUCCCCUGUUGAUUCUUCUGCAAAGGCCCCAAGUUCUUCAGAUGUAUCUAGAGAUCGACAUAAGCUAGUUUUGCAGGAUAAAUCUGAUGGCGAGGAUCAAUCACCUCCAGAAAGUGGAAAAGGCUUGCAGGGCAUUCCAUGGAAAGAUUUCCACAAUGGGGGUUUCAGAUUGCAAUUGAAGCUGGACUCUAGGAUCAAGGGCUCUAAGAGAUCUGUGUUUGGAAAACCAACUGAAACAACAUUGUCUGCUGUUUCGGAGCCAAUUCGCAAGAGCAAGCGCGUACCAAAGAGGCGUAUGUUAGAUGGCGACUUUGAUGGUGGUGAUGAAGAUGACAAUGAGGUUCGGUAUCUUGAAAGACUGAAAGCCUCUAAAGCAAGUGGUGAUCAUGAUGCAGAUCAAAAUGGCAAAAGCCAUAAGCAACGAACCUCAAGGAUUUCCAGAAGGUUUGGUGCAUGUGAUUUUGAAGAAGAUGGUGACUAUGAUAUUGGAGCUUCCUCACGCAAGGAAAACCGGAAGAAACCAAGAUCAAGGGACAUUGAUGGUCUAUAUUUUGUUGAUGAAGAAGAAAAAGGAUUAGUUGAUGAAGACGAUGAAACAGUUGGUUUCAGUUCAGGCUUCAGAAAGAAGAAAAAGAGAGGGCUUAUUGAUACUUUGAUUGAUGAUAAGAAGGAGGUGCCUCUCACAACUCGUCAGAGGGCCCUCCAAUCCAGGAAAGAUCCAUCAUCUGCAGCUGGUUUGGUUGAGUUUCCAGAUGGUUUGCCACCGGCACCUUCAAGAAAGCAAGCGGAUAAAACUGAUAUGGAGCAGCAAUUGAAGAAGGCUGAGGCAGCUCAGAGGCGUCGAAUGCAAGUAGAAAAAGCCGCCAGGGAAUCAGAAGCACAGGCAAUCAGGAAAAUACUUGGACAAGAUGCAAAUGGAAAGAAACGGGACGAGAAAGUGAGAAAGCAGAAAGAGGAGAUGGCGCUGGAGAAGGCAGAGCGUGCCAAAUCUCUUGCUGCUAACACCGUCAGAUGGGUUAUGGGACCAUCUGGAACAGUUGUUUCAUUCCCUAAAGAUGCUGGACUCCCCAGCAUUUUUAGCUCUCAACCCUGCAGUUAUCCUCCACCAAGGGAAAGAUGUGCAGGGCCAUCAUGUACAAACGCAUACAAGUAUAGAGAUUCAAAAUCAAAUCUUCCUCUUUGCAGUCUUCAGUGUUACAAAGCAGUAAACAAAAUGAUGGAACCGGUUACAUCAUGCUGAGAUGUUAUACUUGUUCUCUAGCAUCCUUUGCUAGUAAACUUGCAAAUAUGGAAGCCGGAGGCAAGAUUUUUUUUGUGAUAAUGGUAGUGAAAAGAAUCUUUAUCAA